AUGGGCCUUCUUGCUAGGGUAAAACAUAUUAUCGGAUUCAAUUGGAAGGUAUCAUGUGUUGGGUUAAUACAAUGCAAAUCAGAAAUAUCAAAAUCAUGUAUUUUUAUUAAGGGUGAAUUGGUAAAAUCACAUGGCCCAAAUAUACUUCCUCCCCAAAUCAGAGAUAUCCUGAUCAAACCUUUACCUGUCGCCGAUCACAUCUCUCCCUCUCUCAACCUGUCGUCGUUGCUCAGUGUCCCCAUCACACCAGUCGUUUUUGCUCACAACGGUUUGCUUUUAAAAGAAGCCAGUAGAAAGGGUGUGUUUGUGGAGGUGAAAACACUUGAAGGAGAUACUUUGUUGAACUCCUUAUAUGUUCCUGUUCUAAGACAAAUUGAGUCCAUAAAUUCUCAGAAUCUCAAUUUUCAAGCAACAAAAGAUGGCAACAACAAUAUUAGGAACCCAAAGUUCCUGAAAGUGCAGUUUACUUCAUUGAAGAUGGGGAGAAGGUUCUUGUUGUUUGAAGCAACAACAACACGAAUGAAGAAAGAAAAAGGUGUCUUUGUACUUGUGGGUUUCACUCCACUCCACUCCAGUUUCAUAUCCUUUUGGCAUCAUGUGACAACUUGGAAAGAGAAAAAAAACAACCAUACUAAUGUUGGAUUUGAUGGUUCUCAAAAGGUUUUGCCAUUUUGGUUGAGCAUAUGCGGCUAUUUGUGUGUACAUGGCGGUUCGAAUUUAAAUUGUUGAUUGUAAUAUAUCUAUAACAUUGAUGUAACUAUUAAAUUUAUAUUUACGACAUUUUUAUAUAUUUUUAUGAAUAUUAUAAUUGAAAAU